AUGAACUGGCUGAAAUCUACUCUCGCCAGUGUCGCAGGCACUCAGGAACCCAUCUAUGGCCCCGACGCCAUCCGAUCCGUCGCCCAGCAGGCCCAAUCCCAGGAGGUCCCCUACACGGAACUCUCCAAGGAUGACCUCCGGUGGCGCGCCCACCAGUAUACCAAUGUGGAGACCAAGACCUUCUAUGUCAUGGCCGACAACGGCACCCUGGUCAUGAUCCAGAUCAUCUACAGCAACAUUGUAGGAAUCCAUACCACCGCCCAUGUCAACGCCAAGAUCUUCAACCUGGCCGGAGAUGCCCCCCACAACUGGCACUCCGAUCCCCUGUCCAACUUCAUGUUCGACGAGAGCAUGCUCUCGUUUGGCGCGGACAACCUGUCCCUGACCCUGAACGAGGAGGGAACGAAAUACACCUUCAAGUCCGCCGUCAACGACGACAGCCUGAUCAACCUCACCUUUACCCGCACCACCCCCGGUUUCGUCAUCGGCAAGGACGGCACCUCCUACUUCGGUACCGACCCCGCGAACCCCUGGGGCUCCAUGAGCCAUGCCUUCUGGCCCCGUUGCGCCGUCGAAGGCACCAUCUCCACCAAGGAGAAGACCUACGACCUCACCGGCAAGGGCAUGUUCAUCCACGCUCUCCAGGGCAUGAAGCCCCACCACGCCGCCGCCCGGUGGAACUUUGUCAACUUCCAGGGCCCCACGCACACGGCCGUCAUGAUGGAAUACACCACCCCUCCCUCGUACGGAUCCACCGUGGUGAACGUCGGCGGCAUCGUCAAAGACGGCGAGAUCGUCUACGCCGGCACGACGAACCUGGCCAGCCACACCGCAUCCGAGAAGGACCAGGAGAGCGAGUGGCCGGCGCCGACCUCGGCCAAGUGGUCGUGGGAAGGGCGAUCCAAGGAGCCCAAGGACGUCAGCGCCGAGAUUCAAGGUCCUCUCGGCAACCGCCUGGACCGCGUAGACGUCAUGGCCGAAGUGCCCGGAUUUAUCAAGAGCAUCGCCGGCAGCGUUGCCGGCACGCGACCUUAUAUCUUCCAGUACUCCCCGCAAGACAAACUCAGCCUCAAGCUGAAGAUCGGUGAUGAAGAAAUCACCGAAGAGGGCACCGUCUUCACCGAAGCGACCUUCAUCUCGUGA